GUCAGUCAUUAAUGUCAUUUUUGUUUCGUUUUAUAUACACGUGUUUUUAAAUUGAUGUAGACUUAAAUUUAUUUAAUUAAAUUAUUACUGUGUUGAUGUAUCAUAAAAGACGAAAGUACUUAAGUACCUAACUAAUGAUUUAAUUGGCAAUGAAAUUAUAAAAUAGAAAUAAAAUGGCUCAUGUAUCAUAUCCUUUCAAGAAAACAAACAAAGCUGUAUUUCAAAAACCGACUUCUGUACUUUCUCAAGAUUCGAUUUAUUGGAAGAAAUUAGGACAACCUGUUUUAGUCAAAGAAUUUGGUGCAAUUGAUUAUUUGGACUUCAGCCCUGUAGAACCACAUUAUUUUGCAGCAACAUGUUCCGUUCGAGUACAGAUAUAUGACCCAAUAACAAAAGUGGUUGCAAAAAAUAUAUCAAAAUUUGUACAAGCAGCCUAUGGUGGAUGUUUCAAAAAUGAUGGUCGUCUACUAGUAGCAGGCAGUGAAGAGUCUGCUGUUAAAUUAUUUGAUGUUCAUUCCAAGAAUGUUCUUCAGAUGUGGACGUCGCAUAUGUUACAGGUUCACAGAACAUUCUUUACCAAGGACCAAGUGAAAGUUGUGAGCUUCUCUGAUGAUAAAACAGUAUGUUUAUGGGAUAUAGCUACAGAGGAAAAGCUAACAAGCUUUUCUGAACAUACAGAUUAUAUCAGAGCUGGUGCUGUAAGUCCUAUAUCACCUGACCUGAUAUUGUCAGGAAGUUAUGACAAUACAGUCAAGUUAUAUGAUUGUAGAUGUAAUGAAACAGCCCUCACUGUGAAUCAUGGCAGCCCUGUGGAAUCAACACUAUUUUUACCAUCUGGUGGCAUAUUUAUAAGUGCAGGUGGUACAGAAAUUAAAGUCUGGGAUAUAUUUAAUGGUGGUAAAUUAUUAGCAUGUAUUUCUCAACACCAUAAAACUGUAACAACACUUAGACUCGCUAGCAAUAACAGCAGAUUGAUGUCAGCAUCGUUGGAUAGACAUGUAAAAAUCUAUGAUAUUUCCACAUUCAAAGUGGUUCAUAAUAUUAACUACCCAAAUGCAAUUCUCAGUAUGGCUAUAUCAGAGAAAGAUGACACAUUAGCUGUUGGUAUGAUUGAUGGUGUAAUAUCAAUUAAAAGGAGAGAACGGCCCACUAAAUCAAAAGGAGCAAAAGAAGGAUUAUAUAAAUUUGCUCCUGAUUAUAUAGAAUCACAUAAUUCACAUUCACAUAAUAAUACUGAUAAUUCAGUAGAAAAGAAAACAAAACAUGAAAAUGAUUUUGACAAGUAUCUAAGAAAAAUGGAGUAUGCUAAAGCUCUAGGUUCUCUUCUCAAUCCCACUGUUAUUACAAAAUUUCCAGAGAAAACGGCUGCUGGACUACAGCAGUUGCUUAGAUGGAAAGUUCUUAAUAUUGCCAUAAGUGGACUAAAUAAUAAACACAUAAGUUUUCUUCUUAAGUUCUUGAGGAGAAAUUUAGGAGAAACAAGAUUUACUAGAACUAUAAUUGAUACAGCCAAUGUGUUUAUUGAUGUAUAUGAGAACCAGAUGAAUUUAUUAUCUGAGAUUAACUUACUGCUAUAUAAAGGACUACAGCAGGGCAUAGAAACUGAGAUAGAUGUUAGUAAAAAAGUCAGUGAAUUAGAAGGUGCUAUCUGUAUGCUUUUAGCUGCUGGUCAAUUUAGUGAUAAUAGGGAUACAUUGGAUAUACCCAAUACACUUGCACCUUCAUCUAAUGCACUGAAAGAUAUUGUUAUAGAUGUCUGAAAUAAAAAUAUAAAACAAAA